UGACGCCUGCGUCUUCCUCAGGGGCCUCGUCUGCAUCAUCGUGAACGUGGCCUCCAAAUGAGGCAAGACGGCCGUGAACUACACUCAGCUGGUCGACAUGUACGCCCGGCUCGCUGAGAGAGGUUUACGCAUCUUGGGCUUCCCCUGCAACCAGUUUGGAAAACAGGAGCCUGGAGAUGAGUCUCAGAUCAAACAGUUUGUUGCAAGUUAUGGGGUGAAGUUUGACAUGUUUAGCAAGAUCGAGGUCAACGGGAACAACGCACAUCCUCUCUGGAAAUGGAUGAAAGAGCAGCCCAAGGGAAGAGGCCUCCUGGGAAAUGCAAUAAAAUGGAACUUCACAAAGUUCCUCAUUGACAGGGAGGGCCAGGUGGUGAAGAGAUACAGCCCCAUGGAAGAUCCAUACCUGAUUGAGAAGGACCUGCCUAACUACCUGUAAAGCUGUUCAAUGAGACACUGGACCAUUCCCUCUGCUUAGCAGUGGCGCUCACCUGCUCCCUGCGGAGUCUUCCCAUCCGGCCCCCAUGACGGCCUGUCUUCAAGCCAGCCUGCUGGUGAGACAGGCCCGAAAGCUCGGCGUACAUGUGCUGGAGGAAGGCUUCUCUGGGCUGGUGGCUGUUGCUGGCAGGCUCCCUAGUCCUGCCUUGGGCACUGACACUUCAUUGCAAUAAAAGAUUAUGCUGAAUGGCCAA